UGGAUGUUCAGCAGACAAAUCUGCAGCAACUGAUGCUGUCAUGUCAACAUGGACCAAAGAUUGAGGAAUGUUUCCAGAACCUUGUUGAAUCGGAUCCACCAAGGAUUAAGACGGUUCUGAAGGCUAAAGGAAGUCCAGCAAGGUGGACCUUAUAGAGAGGCCAGUGGGUGUCCAUGUCUACUCUGGUGGGCUGUCAUUCUUUUUCCUGCUUACUGAUGUGAAUCUACUUCAUUGUUUUAAGAUCAUGAGUGUUUUUUUAAUGAGGUGAACAAAGUAGCCUCUCAGCAUUGUGUUCUUGUCACCACAGUAUUAUUUUAUUAAACAAGGAUGUACAUCAUGUUUAUUGAAAAUGUACUCAUAUAUAAAUGACCUUUGAAUUCUGAGAAAACUUUGAGAGUUGUUGAUGAGGUCUGAAUGUGUGUUGAGACGAGCCUCAUGUGAACAGACUUUCAGCCAAACAUGUUGAUUGUCAUUCAUCCAGGUGACAUACAGGUCGUUCUAGUGCUGGGGGGCCCAAAUCCAGGCCGAGGUCCCACCUCCUCCCAGUUUUCCAGAAUCCCUGCCUUCUCUGCUGCUGAUGACCUGGAUCAGGUGUGUUUAGCCAAUAAGGAGCUUCAAUGUUAGGAUGGUUGGAGAACAGACAGAACACGGCCCCCAGGUCUGAGUUUGGGCCCCCCCUCUAGUGUGUCGGGGAUGUUUAUUCCACCUGUAGAACGUUUUUCUCCCAACAGCCGAACCAGCAGCAUCAUCAGCUGCCCUUCCACUGAGGGAGCACGUGCACAACUGACGUCACAUUCCUGCUUCAGCCUUUCGGACCCUGCAGGCCCCUCCCCGCAUUUUCAACGGGGUCACGUCCAGCUCGAUGUUUUUGGACAUGUCUCCACACGCGCACGUGCCUGUUUCUGCCCACUUUUUAUGAAUGAAUCUUAUGGGAAAAGAUCGCCGAUGUCCCGCCUCUUGAUGUAUGAACCGCUGCAGAUACACGGACGCACGUGCGCCGCGCGAGUUCGACCUGGACUUAAACCAGCAACCACCCAAUAAUGUGUUGCAGUUGGGUCACGUGCAGAUCAAUCAGAAUUGAAUCAAUCGGGCGGAGAGGGUCGAGUUUCUGUUCUCCCUCUGCGGUCCGUCACCCCUCCGUUCCUCCCUCCCUCCCUCAUUUCCUGUCUCCCUCUCUCCUCUCUGUUGCCAUGGAAACUGGGCCGGUCCAGGUGGAGCCGCUGGUUGGCGUCUCGGCUCUGUGGAUGAGAAAGACUCCGCCUGGUUUCCCCUGAAGCAGCAGAUUUUCCUGAGGAGCCGCUGCGGUCGCUGGACGCCUCCCGGGAAUCCUGUCAUGACUCCGCAGUGAGGCGCGCCGCGGGGGGGUCUGUCUUCGACGCGGUCUUUUCUGUGCGUGGACGCGUCCGCGGAAGAAAGGAGCAACACCCGUGAAAAUGAUGCAUCAUGGAAUGUGGAAGUCCAAACUUUGAGCAACAGACCCGCGCCGGGCAGAGCGGCGGGACUGACGGAACCGAGCCUCCUGUUCGGAGGUGAAUGUUGGACUCGCGUGUCGGUGGCCCGAAGCCGCGCUGUCAGGACCUGCAGAGGGACGGGCCGCCUCCGCCUGUGGUGAUGCUUUUCCAUUUCCUCUCUGGUGUUAGUUUUGGUCAGAACCGCGCUCUGCCAGAAUGGCUCGCUUUGAAGACGAACCGUCCAGCCGCUAUGGAGGCGGCGGUCCCGCGGGGCCGGCCAGAGGGGCCAGCCGGCAGCCGGGGCCUCCCGGGGGCCCAAGGGUGUACAAGCAGACCAUGGCCCAGAGAGCCAGGACUAUGGCGAUUUACAACCCCAUCCCAGUCAAGCAGAACUGCCUCACCGUCAACAGAUCCCUCUUCAUCUUCAGCGAGGAUAACAUCAUACGGAAAUACGCGAAGAAGAUCACCGAAUGGCCUCCAUUCGAGUACAUGAUCCUAGCCACCAUCAUCGCCAACUGCAUCGUGCUGGCAUUGGAGCAGCACCUCCCAGCCUCAGACAAAACCCCCAUGUCUGAGCGUUUGGACGACACAGAGCCCUACUUCAUUGGAAUAUUUUGUUUCGAGGCUGGCAUCAAGAUCAUCGCCCUGGGUUUUGCAUUCCACAAGGGGUCCUACCUACGGAACGGCUGGAACGUCAUGGACUUUGUGGUGGUCCUGACAGGGAUCCUCGCCACUGUGGGGGCAGACUUCGAUCUGAGAACACUGAGGGCAGUGAGAGUCCUGCGGCCCCUCAAGCUGGUCUCCGGCAUUCCAAGUCUACAGGUUGUCUUAAAGUCCAUCAUGAAAGCUAUGGUACCUCUGCUGCAGAUCGGCCUGCUACUCUUCUUUGCCAUCCUCAUGUUUGCCAUCAUUGGCCUCGACUUCUACAUGGGCAAAUUCCACCGCACCUGCUUCAGGAAUGACACAGACGAACAGGCAGCAGAUUUCCCGUGUGGCCCGGAGGCUCCUGCGAGGACCUGCAGCAACGGCACCGUCUGCAAGGAGUACUGGAUCGGACCCAACUUCGGGAUCACAAACUUUGACAACAUCCUCUUCGCUAUUCUCACAGUUUUUCAGUGCAUCACCAUGGAAGGAUGGGUGGACAUCCUGUAUGACGCCAACGACGCCUCAGGGAACACGUGGAACUGGCUGUACUUCAUCCCCCUCAUCAUCAUCGGUUCCUUCUUCAUGCUGAACCUGGUGCUGGGCGUCCUGUCAGGAGAGUUCGCAAAAGAGAGGGAGCGUGUGGAAAAGAGGCAAGAGUUCCUGAAGCUCCGUCGACAACAGCAGAUCGAGAAAGAGCUCACCGGAUACCUGGAGUGGAUCUGCAAAGCAGAGGAGGUGAUGCUGGCUGAGGAAGACAAGAAUGCUGAGGAGAAGACGCUGGAUGGAGCGUGGUACAAGAAGAAACAAGGCAACUCUGUUUUGAAAAGGAGCAAGAAGAACAAGAAUGAGCUCAUCAACGCUGAGGAGGCGGAGGACCACUACACUGACAUCUCAUCUGUUGCUCCCCAAGGGUCGCCGUUUGCCCGGGGCAGUGUGAAGAGCAAGAACGACAGCUCGUCUUACUUCAGAAGGAAAGAAAAGAGGAUACGCUUCACCAUCCGCCGCCUGGUCAAAUCUCAGAGCUUCUACUGGACUGUGCUUUGCCUCGUUGGCCUCAACACGCUGUGUGUAGCCAUAGUUCACUAUGACCAGCCUGAGUGGCUCACCUAUGCUCUGUACCUGGCAGAGUUUGUGUUCCUGGGUUUGUUCUUGGCAGAGAUGUCCAUGAAAAUGUACGGCCUCGGACCACAGAACUACUUCCACUCGUCUUUCAACUGUUUCGACUUUGGGGUGAUUAUCGGCAGUAUUUUUGAGGUGAUCUGGGCUGCCAUCAAACCCGGCGCCUCGUUUGGGAUCAGCGUUCUGCGAGCGCUCAGACUACUCAGAAUCUUCAAAGUCACCAAGUACUGGAACUCUCUGAGAAAUCUGGUGGUGUCUCUGCUCAACUCUAUGAAGUCCAUCAUCAGCCUCCUGUUCCUGCUCUUCCUCUUCAUCGUUGUCUUCGCUCUGCUGGGCAUGCAGCUGUUCGGUGGCCAGUUUAAUUUUGAAGAUGAAACACCAACAACCAACUUUGACACAUUCCCUGCAGCCAUUCUCACCGUGUUCCAGAUCCUAACUGGAGAGGACUGGAACGCCGUCAUGUACCACGGGAUCGAAUCACAGGGGGGCGUGCAUGGGGGCAUGUUUUCCUCCAUCUACUUCAUCGUCCUGACGCUCUUUGGGAACUAUACUCUCCUCAAUGUGUUCUUGGCCAUUGCUGUUGAUAACCUUGCAAAUGCCCAGGAGCUCACAAAGGAUGAAGAAGAGCAAGAGGAGGCCAUCAAUAAGAAGCUGGCACUACAGAAGGCCAAGGAGGUAAAGGAGGUCAGCCCCAUGUCUGCUGCUAACAUUUCAAUCGCAGCUUUUCUAACACACAGUCGAGGUAACGUGCAGUCUAGCAGCUCAUCCAUCUGCAGCGUUAACUCACUGAGUUAUGUCAGCACCCCAGUCCAUCACUACCUGAGUAAUGAGCAGCAGAGGUCCAUGAAGACGAUGUCAGUGUGGGAGCAAAGGGCCAAUCAGCUGAGGAGACAGAAUCGUGCCAGCUGUGAGGCGCUUUACAACGAACUUCAGCCUGAGGAGCGCCUCCGCCUGACCUCGGCCCUCAACAUCCGGCCUGACAUGAAGACUCAUCUUGACCGACCGCUGGUGGUCGAGCCCUGUGAUGGAGCUUUGCUGGGCAGCCAGCAUCAGCACCACCACAAGACAUGCACCACAGAAGAGGGCGAGAGGGAUGCUGACCUUCCUCCUGCUCCUCACCAUCCUCGCCAUCAUCACCGGCACAGGGAUCGAGCCCGGACAAAAGAGGAUGCCAACGACAACGGAGAAGCUGGUCGGGAAGGGAGGCGCCACGUCCAUCACAGCCGCUCCAAAGAGCACGACUGCAGCCGCAGUAAAGAGGGGGGCAGGAUGAACCACCACCAAAGUUCAGUGGAAGACAGUGGAGGUGGAGGCGGAGGCGUCAAAGGUGAGAGAGCUCACCGCCAUCAUCAUUCGCAUCGUCAGUCCCGAGGGGGCAAUGGGACAGUCAACAGUGGAGGGAAGGAAGAGCGAAGGUCCCGCCACAAAGAUGGACGUCCAUCACAUAAGACCGGAGACAGGAGCUCCCGAAGAGAGAACGGAGCUGACGGAGAGAAGAGCAGACAUCGUGGUCAUGGGUCAAGGAGCCGGUACACAGCGGACGACGCCAACGAGAGGAAGAAGAGCCACAACCACAGGUUUGGAGACUCUGAGGGGGAGUCCCUGGCUGUGUCCCCCCAACAGGACUCUGAGGGGACAAAGUGUCUGCCUGACCACCCAGAGGACUCUGACAACCAGAGAAAUGUCCAACGAACAGGCCAAACCUCCAUCCAUGUUCCCCCUGUCACGGUCACCUCCCCACCUGGACAGACCACCCUGAUUCAGAUGAACAGCAUUGACCGUGAAACGAUGCCCAUGACGGAGAAGACCCUGGAGGAUUCAUGUGCGACCAGGCCCAAACCCAUCCUGCCAUACAGUUCAAUGUUCAUUUUUGGACAGACCAAUCCGGUUAGACGGCUGUGCCACUACAUCGUGACUCUGAGGUACUUUGAGAUGUCCAUCCUGGUCGUCAUAGCAAUGAGCAGCAUCGCUCUGGCGGCAGAAGACCCCGUCUGGGCAAAUGCACCUCGCAACAAUGUGCUCAAAUAUCUGGACUACGCCUUCACAGGUGUUUUCACCUUUGAAAUGGUGAUCAAAAUGGUGGACUUGGGUCUGCUGCUCCACCCUGGAUCCUACUUCAGAGACCUGUGGAACAUUCUGGACUUCAUAGUGGUCAGUGGGGCGCUGGUGGCUUUUGCAUUUUCGAGCUUUAUGGGAUUGCAACAAGGUGUGACCAGGGGGAAUAAAGGCAAAGACAUCAGCACCAUCAAGUCACUGAGGGUUCUCCGGGUUCUCAGGCCUCUCAAGACAAUCAAACGUCUUCCUAAACUUAAGGCGGUGUUUGACUGCGUGGUCAACUCUCUGAAGAACGUGCUGAACAUCCUCAUUGUUUACAUCCUCUUCAUGUUCAUUUUUGCUGUUAUUGCGGUUCAGCUCUUCAAGGGAAAAUUCUUCUAUUGCACGGAUGAGUCGAAAGGCCUGGAGAAGGACUGCAAAGGACAGUUCUUGGACUACGACAAAGACGAGGUGGCAGCCAUGCCCAGAGAGUGGAAGAAGUACGAGUUUCAUUACGACAACGUACUGUGGGCUUUCCUGACCCUCUUCACCGUCUCCACGGGGGAAGGCUGGCCAACCGUUCUCAAGCACUCUGUGGACGCCACCUUUGAAGACCAGGGUCCCAGUCCGGGCUACCGCAUAGAGAUGUCCAUAUUCUAUGUGGUUUACUUUGUAGUCUUCCCUUUCUUCUUCGUCAACAUCUUUGUGGCUUUGAUCAUCAUCACCUUUCAAGAGCAGGGAGACAAAGCUCUGUCCGAGUGCAGCUUGGAGAAAAACGAGAGGGCGUGCAUUGACUUUGCUAUCAAUGCCAAGCCUUUGACGCGCUACAUGCCUGAGAAUGUCCAGUCCUUCCAGUACAGGAUGUGGAAGUUUGUCGUCUCAGCUCCAUUUGAAUAUUCCAUCAUGAUCAUGAUUGCUCUCAACACCGUGGUUCUCAUGAUGAAGUUCCACGGAGCUCCAGACUUCUAUGAAGUGAUGCUGAAGAACCUCAACAUUGUCUUCACCACUCUGUUCUCUCUGGAGUGCAUCCUGAAGAUCAUUGCCUUUGGUCCUCUGAGCUACCUGAAGGAUGCAUGGAAUGUCUUUGACUUUGUGACAGUUUUGGGAAGCAUCACAGACAUCUUGGUCUCUGAAAUCAAUACUACGGACAGGCUUCUGAAUUUGAGCUUCCUGAGGCUUUUUCGAGCAGCUCGACUCAUUAAGCUGCUGAGGCAAGGCUACACCAUCCGCAUCCUGCUGUGGACAUUCGUCCAGUCGUUCAAGGCCUUGCCUUAUGUUUGCCUGCUCAUCGCUAUGCUGUUCUUCAUCUACGCCAUCAUCGGGAUGCAGGUGUUUGGAAACAUUGAGCUGAAUGAGGACACGGCCAUCAACCAUCACAACAACUUCCGCACCUUUCUCCAGGCUCUCAUGCUGCUCUUCAGGAGUGCCACCGGGGAGGCGUGGCAUGAGAUCAUGCUGUCCUGUUUGAGUCAGCGAGCCUGCGACGAGCGAGCAGGGACCGCUUUCAAAGAGUGCGGCAGCGAUUUUGCCUACUUCUACUUUGUCUCCUUCAUCUUCCUGUGUUCCUUUCUGAUGCUGAACCUGUUUGUGGCCGUCAUAAUGGAUAACUUUGAGUACCUGACCAGAGACUCCUCCAUCCUGGGGCCUCAUCACCUCGAUGAGUUCAUUCGGGUUUGGGCCGAGUAUGACCCCGCUGCUUGUGGCCGUAUCAAGUACCACGAUAUGUAUCAGAUGCUGCUCCACCUGUCCCCACCCUUAGGUUUGGGAAAGAAAUGUCCACCACGAGUCGCCUACAAGCGCCUCGUCAAGAUGAACAUGCCCAUCGCUGACGACAACACGGUUCACUUCACCUCCACCCUGAUGGCCCUGAUCCGCACGGCGCUGGAGAUCAAACUGGCCUCAGGAAUGGUCGCACAGCGACUGCUGGAUGCUGAGUUAAAGAAAGAGUUAUCCACAGUUUGGCCCAGCCUUUCUCAAAAGACCAUGGAUCUGUUGGUAACCCCACACAAGCCCAACGAGCUGACCGUAGGAAAAGUUUACGCGGCUCUGAUGAUCUUCGACUACUAUAAGCAGAAUCGAGCCAGGAGGCUGCAGAUGCUGCAGCAGCCGCAGCCAAGCACGUCCAGCUCCCGGUGCAAGGUCGGGGCUCUCUUUAAGCCAUUGCUGCCUCUGACUCACAUGCAGGGACAAAACCUGCCAGUGAUCAUCAGCGUGGACUCUCCCAGCAUGCUUCAGCCCAGGCCCAAACCGCGCCCCAUCUCCCAAGCACCCACCAGACCGAGCCUCGGCUCGUUCAACAAUGGAGGCACGCUGAUGUUGGAGACCCCCAAGGACACGUAUCCAGCUACAACGAAGCGAACCGUCAGAGGCCCGUCUGAGGAUGCGUCGGACGCCGCUGUCAUUCAGGAGCCGAUGGAGAUGAGGAAGAUGGAGACCAGUGUCAGCAGUACCAUUCCUGCCCCAGAGUCCGGGCUGGAGAUCCAGGGAAGAGCUGCCUCUAUGCCUCGACUUAACAUUGAGCUGCAGCAGAGCCAGUCUCGCCUCUCUGCAGGGAUUCAGCCAGCUUCUGUCAGUGAUGCCGGCUCCAUGAAGCGCUCAGCCUCCACCACGGCCCCCCGACCGAUGGAGCAGCUGCCCCUGAAGCAGCACACCGCGGAGAAACCGUGCCAGGGGAGAACCCACCACCAUCACAACCACCACCGCUGCCACCACUGCAGAGACCGUGACCGCGAGAAGAGACAGAGGUCUCUGGAUACUCCUGUGGGGGCUCAGCCCCCAGGCUCUGCAGGUCAGGCAGGAGAGCCAGCACCCAAGACGGCAGCUUCCAGAGAACGGGGUCAUCACCGCGGACGCUCCCACGAGAGGAAGCACCAUCACUCCUCCACAGACAAACAGCGCUACUACUCCUGCGACCGCUACUGCAGCCGGGAGCACAGCUACACCAAAUCUGCCGGUGCUAGCUGCGCCGUCUCCCCCACCGAGACACAGGAAACCAGCAACAAACAGGGCAGUGGUUGGGUUGAUGGCAGCCCAGCGGCACUGAGCUCUGCUUCUAGCACACCAAGCCGUGGACGUCGGCAGCUCCCACAGACCCCCCUCACCCCACGACCGGGGGUGGCGUACAGGACUGCAAGUUCCUCCCCGGUGCACAUUGUGCCUGCUCAGGCCAGUCUCAGCCGAAUGAGCCGUGGCCAGUCGGAGCACAACGCCCUCCGCCAGAGCGGCUCCCGCCACUUCCCCUGUCCUGUCACCCGCAUCAGCUCCGAGCCUUAUCUAGGUCUGGGCCGUGCCGAGCCCCUGGACAGCCCCUGUGGCAGCCUUAGGGAGCAGCUGGAUGUCUUCCGGGAUGCGGCGUCCCUGUCCCCCAGCCCCAGUGUUGGAAGCUCAUCUCGGACCACCAUGGCUCGCGCGAUAGAAGAUUCACAUCCACCUCUUCCUGUAAACUUUAGCGUGCCCAAUGGGUACCAUGUCAUAUUUGGGGACAGCGGCAGCACAGGAUCUGGUAUCAAGGCUCUUAGGCCCAGGAGGUAAAGGAGAGACAGAAUGGUGCUAGCAUGGCUUUAAACCAACAUUUUAAUGCAUUUUUGACCUAUUGUGAAGGGAUUUAUUAUCUUCUUUGAAGGCUUUACUUGACAUUGUCACUGUGUGUUAAAUGCUGUAUUUUAAUCCAGUCUAAGUUAAGGAGAACAUCUGAAAAGGAAGUGUUUCACUCGAGGUUUGAAUGCGAAUUUGAAGAACCCUCUCUCUUGAGGGGAGGUAUAGCGUUGGCAAUGAAAGAGCAGAUCUUGAGCUGUUUUUCUGUUGUUAGCUUGAUUUGAUGUCAGCCUUUUGUUGAUACCACCAUGUUGACCCUUAGUCAACAUCCUCAACAAGCAAAAAGUCAAAUAUUUUACCUCCACUCAAACCAAACGUGUUAUUACACUCAGUGAUGAUGUGUUUUUGCAUCAUGAAAUCUUGCUCUGCUGUCUGUUGCCGCUGUGGGGGGG